AUGGCCGCGGUGCUCGGAGAUAAUGGCGGCGCUUUACCACUCGAGCAAUGGUUCUUCGAGACGCCAGUCUGCACACGGAUCUGGACCACUGCCACUGUCAUCACCGGAGUGCUGGUACAGUGUCAGAUCUUGACUCCCUUCCAACUCUUCUACAGCUUCCGCGCCGUAUUCCACAAACACCAGGUAAGUCUUCUUAGACCCGUCCACACGGGCAAUACUGACCUACUCACAGUUCUGGCGGCUGUUCUCCACCUUCGUCUACUUCGGCCCGCUAUCGCUCAAUCUCCUCUUCCACAUAUUCUUCAUCCAACGAUACGCCCGCAUGCUCGAAGAAUCCGCCGCCUCGGUCGCCCAUUUCAGCUGGAUGCUAGCAUAUACUUGCGCAACUCUUCUGGCUAUCGCUCCUGUUUUUAGUCAAGCAUUCUUGGGUACAACUCUGAGCAGCACAUUGGUCUACAUUUGGUCAAGAAGAAACCCGGAUACGAGAUUGAGCUUUCUUGGCUUGCUUACUUUCAAAGCACCUUGGCUACCGUGGGUGUUGGUGGCUUUCAAUGUGGUAUUACAUGGACACUGGCCCAAGGAUGAGCUCUGCGGCAUUGCGGUCGGACAUGGUGAGUGCAGUGAAUCUACGAUUGAAAGAGCCCGGCUAACCUCUGUCAGUCUGGUACUUCUUCAACGACAUCUACCCUGCGACCCACAACGGACACAGACCGAUGGAUCCACCGCAAUGGUGGAUCAGACUCUUCGAGCGAGAUGCACUGCCACCUCCAGACUCGGACAUUCAUGCCGCAGCAAUCAACAGGGACAUUGCUGCUCCUGCUGUCCCCGAAGUGCGGUAG